AUGCUAAACUACUCGAGAUACGGAGGAGGGCUGCAGCUCGGGGGUUUUCAGGCGCCCAACCUCAACUCCCCGCAACUUUACAGCAGAGAUCCAGGAAGUGGCUUCAGGUGGCUGGAGGUUCCGCAGAACCUCUCUGCGCAACCCCAGGUGGAUGAGAUGGGGAGGCCGAGGGUCUUGCAUGCAGGUAGCCAUCCCCACAUCUCCUGGGCAGCCCCAGGCCAGGUAGGGAAGGCUGAGCAGGGCAGCCCAAGCCUUGCCCCCAAAGUCAGCUUCCAGGAGAACAACAUCACUUACCAGCUCUGCCUGGACAUGGCCGGGUUUUCGGCGGAGGAGCUGACCGUGAAGAUGGACGGGAGGAAGCUGACGGUGUCUGGGAAGCAGAAGAAAAAGACCAGGUCAGAGGACGACUGCGUCUUCCACGAUCACAGGGAGGUCCGCAGGGAGCUUCUCCUGCCGGAAGAUGCCAAUCUCGAAGCCGUGAGCUGCACCUUGUCCCACGACGGAAAGCUCUGCUUCCAGGUCCCACGCCAGGCCCCGACUGCUCUUAAGGUGACAAACAUCCCUGUCACCAAGGCCCCCCAGGGGGCAGAUGGGCAGGAGGCUGCUGCGCAGAAGGAUGACCAAGAAGGAUGUGGAGAGGAGGAGGAAGAUUGA